CCCAUUAUCCUCACCGUAAGCUAUUAUUCCAACGAGCUUUCAAGUGACGCCGACGAAACUAUUCAGCGGCAGCCCUGAGGAAGAGCUUGUCAUCUCGCCCGCCGAGCUUUGCUUAACUGACCGGAUCUAGAUUUCUCUGUAAAACCAGCAAAGAACUUCAUCACUAUGGCUCUGGGUCGUCAGGCAGUGCAGCGCCCGGGUGCGUGCAAGCAUGCUACCAAGGCUAGUCGCCGGGCAGUCACCGUCCGCGCAGCUGUGACUUCGGCACCGGAGCAGUAUGUCCAGAAGCUGACUGGGCCGAUCAUCAUGAACGGCCAGGUGCUGCACAGCCUCACCAACGAGCGCCUGGAUGUGGUGCGCAGCCUUGAGAAGGGCUACCUUCAGAAGGAGGUGGUCCCGCUGCUGAAGCCCGUGGACAAGUGCUGGCAGCCCUCCGACUUCCUGCCCCGCUCCCAGGACCCUGACUUCCUGGACAAGGUGCAGGCCCUGCGCGAGCGCACCAAGAACCUCCCCGACGACUACCUGGUCGUCUUCAUCGGCGACAUGAUCACGGAGGAGGCGCUGCCCACCUACAUGACCAUGAUCAACACGCUGGACGGCGUGCGCGACGAGACCGGCGCCAGCCAGACGCCCUGGGCGCAGUGGACGCGCGCCUGGACGGCGGAGGAGAACCGCCACGGCGACCUGAUGAACAAGUACAUGUACCUGACGGGGCGCGUGAACAUGAAGGCGGUGGAGGUGACGGUGCAGAACCUGAUUGGCAGCGGCAUGGACCCCAAGACCGAGAACAACCCCUACCUGGGCUUCUGCUACACGUCCUUCCAGGAGCGCGCUACCAAGGUGUCGCACGGCAACACCGCCCGCCACGCCCUGGAGUACGGCGAUGAGGUGCUGGCCAAGAUCUGCGGCACCAUCGCCUCCGACGAGGGCCGCCACGAGAUCGCCUACCAGCGCAUCCUGGACGGUUUCUUCGAGCACGACCCCAACGGCGCCAUGCUCGCGUUCGGCGACAUGAUGCGCAAGCAGAUCACCAUGCCGGCCCACAUGAUGAACGACGGCGAGCACGAGAAGAAGACCGGCCGCAACCUCUUCGCGGACUUCUCCACCGUGGCCGAGCGCACCGGCACCUACACCGCCAUGGACUACGCGGACAUUGUGGAGUACCUGGUGGGCCGCUGGAAGGUGCCCGAGCGCACGGGGCUCAACGGCGAGGCGGCCGCGGCGCAGGAGUACGUCAUCAAGCUGCCCGACCGCAUCCGCCGCCUGGCAGAGAAGACGGCGGCGCGCCGCGCCAAGUCCAAGGCCCAGGACUCGCCCUUCAGCUGGGUGUUCAACCGCGACGUGAAGCUGGUGUAAGGUGGUUGGGAUGGUGGUGAGCGGUAAGGCGGCUGGAGGUGUGCUGCUUUGGCAGCAGCAGCAGGAGCAGUUGGUGCGGUUUGGCAGAAGAAGUGCGGGAGGAGGAAGAUGGGAAGGGCUUGCUGUGAGACAGUCGUGCCUGUGGGCGUGGGGCUUUGCAGCAUUCUCUCGCUUCCGGGUUUAUAUUGCACUUGAACUCUCAUGGCUAUGUAGCUGCAGCGGACUUCGGGCGCUGCAAGUGAGCACAGAAUCGCGGUCCUUCACCUCUAAUUGGCACCGAAACAGCAGCCUAGGGACAGCGCUUGUCCGGUGUCCGGUGCGCCGCCGCGAUUGUGUAUUUUAUUAGGGGCUGCAGUUGUUGUAGUCCGGGGCGCGUUAUUGUGACGUAAAAAGGUUGCAUUUAGGCGUCCCUGAGCGUUAUGUUGUCCAUUGGAGCUGGGGUUUCGCUCAGAUUUUUGUAGUGUAGAGAUGGUACCGAGGCAUAGGCUUUGGUUUUUGGGCAGAUGUGGCGUCGUAAGGUAGUGAUUUUUGGCUUUGUCGUGGGUUAUAAAUCACGGCACGGUAUCGACUACGAAGAAUGCCAUCGUCUUGCUGUGUUUUGAGAGCGUUAUUGCGUCGGCUGGUUCGGGGGUCGGGCCCCGGGCAUACUGCGCAAGACAGAGGAGGUCGGACUGGUAGUGGUAUAGGUGCUGAAGAUGCGCUGCAUUUAAUUAUGCACAUUGCCCAGGUUCAUGAUGGAGUGAUAAUUCUGGACAGUACACACUUGAACGUUUCAGCUCUUUGAGGGAGCCCCUUUUGUACCCCUGUUGACAUAGACUCAGCGUUGAUCCUAUCCAAGUUGGAACAGCGCAGACCUACCUUCAACAAUAAGCCCAUUGUAACAAAGUAUGAAAUACUAUCCUUGAUUGUCCACUAUGUCCCUUCCUCUUCACUAUGUGAUAUACCGUACAACCUCGUUUCAUGACAUGUACU